AAUAGUUUUUAUAUUUUGAAUCAGGUAUUUCAUCUUCCUUGUUCAAUUGACAAAGCACAGCUUCUUUAUAUUCACUGAUAUACAAUUAAAAUAUUAAAACCGUAAUAAAGUGUUAAUACGCUGCAAAUCGGGAUCCGGCUGGAGCACUAUGCAAGACACGCCCCUUCAUAGCAUUCAAGUGCUACGAUUGGCCAUGAGCCUGUCACGUGCAUCUCGGCUAGUGAUAAAACCUUUAUAUAUACAGUCUAUGGAUAAAACUCAACCUUUCCAUCUUAUAUGUACACUACAGUCUAUGCUCUAGUCUACACGCUUAGAACUGAAAAUGGACUCGAGGAGAAGCAAGCGAAAGAGGAUGGGGCCCCCUAAGCGUUUAGUGUCAGAAUCGGAUAAAUAUUUGGCUGGUCAGUCUGAGGAAGAGCCAUGCAGCUCCCACACUGUGGCAAAGGAAAUGGCUGUAGUGCACUGCAGUGAUGGGUCUGACUCGGAUGCAUUCACAGGACAGCAGUCUACUAUUAAAGCAUCAACUAAAGAUGUUUCUGCAGCUCCCACAGCCAUAGCAGCUCUGAAGCGCAGAAACAGAGAUAAUAAUGCCUUGAAAAUAAGGCUAGAUGCUUCAAAGGACAAAUUAUUAACUGUUGAAAGCGAAAGGGACUAUCUGAGGAUACAGCUGGCUGAGGCUUUGGCCCUUCUAAAAAUGGCAUCAGUUAAGGCGCCAGUUACUUCUGAAGGUGACCAAAUAGGGGCAGGCAACUCCUCUUCAUCCUCCACCUCCUCCAAUUCCUCCAGUUCCUCCUCCUCCUCAUCCUCUUCGUCAGACAGAGGGAAGAAGAGGAAGAGUAAGAAGAAGAAGAACAAGAAAAACAAAUACGGCAAGAAAAAAAGAGGAAAAAAAGCGAAGAAGACAAAAGGAAAGACUGCAAAGAGAGUCCUGACCCCAGAAGACGCCAUAAGCCGCUACAAGCGUGUUCUUGAGGCGGUAAACAAGGGGAAUAAUAAAACGGCGGCUUACAGAGCGGUAGGAGUGGACCGCAAAACCAUUGCCGACACUGCAGGAAUUGCAGAACUGCAUGCCGUGAACCCGGGAAUCUACCAAGAUAUCCGGGGAACACUGAAGAAGGGGGAAACCCUUCUCCGUUUCACUGAGAAGUGUAAAGCUGCCAUAAAGGACCAACAUUUAGAGGGGAAGGUCCAGGACUUGAAGACCAAUGGAGGACUAUUAUCCAUUAAUCCAAAGGGGAAGUGAGGAAGGAAUGGAUGUUUUUUUGG